AUGGCAAAAGGAGGUAAUUCACAUAGAAACACAUUAAAGAAUGACCAUAAGCCAUUCAAAUCAAAACAUGCAACCAAAGGUCAAUUAAAGAACCAAUUCAAAGGAAAAGUCGAAAAAUCAUCGUCCUCUGGCACAUCUUCAAAACCUUUGAACAAGCUUGCACGGAAGAACUUGGCAAAACAAUUGAAGGAAAAUAAGAUUUUGGAAACCAAACUUACAAAGAAGCUAUUUGAAGGAAACUCCGGCGCUCAGAAAGUCGUCACCAUAAUAUGUUUAACCAAUGACUUGUCACCGGUUGGAAUAGCGAGUCAACUAUUCAACCAAGACGAUCAAAAGACUGAUUUUGAGUACCCAAGUGUUACCGAUCUUAAUGUUUCCAAAUUCAAGUCCAAUUUGAAAAUCAUUCUCCCGAACCAAGACAAUAUAUUGCAAGUGCUUGAUGCCGCAAAAGUAUCUGAUUUUGUCAUAUUUGGAAUAUCAGCAAACCAGGAAGUCGAACAAGGAUAUGGAGAAACCAUACUACGUGCAUUACUAGCCCAAGGUAUUGGAUCUGUGGUUGGUGUUUUGCCAAAUAUCGUAUCGGCAUAUCCCAAAAAGAACCUUCAAUUGGAUAUUAAACAAUCAUUGCAGUCAUUUUUCAGCCACUUCUUCCCUGCUGAAAAUAAACUUUAUGCAUUGGAACUGGAUUCUGAUAAUGCCAAUUGUCUAAGGUAUAUUUGUCAAAAGUUUCCCCAACAGGUGACAUGGAGAGAUUCCAGAGGGUGGCUCAUUGCUGAUCAAAUCAAGCAAGAUGAGUCCUACGAGGGUGUGGUUGUUGAGGGGACUUGCCGUGGAACUGGGUUCAAUGUCAACAGGCUAGUUCAUAUUCCAGGAUUUGGCGAUUUCCAAGUUGACAAGAUUGAAAAAUUGAGUAAAAACUCAGGCAGGAGUCGAAAUGAAAUGCAAAUCGACGAGGAUGUUGAACAAAUAUACUUGCCGAAUGAGAAUCAGGAUACUUUGGACGAAUUGAAUCCAGAUUUUCAACAAGGUCAGGAUGCUGAUGCUGACGCUGACAUGUGGGAUGAAAACUUGGGAGAUGACAAUGGUGGUUUGGGAGUACGAGCAGAAGGUAAAUUGUACUUUAACGAUGAUGGGGCAAACCAAGCCAAAGCCAAAGCCAACCCCAACAAAAGAGUCCCCAAGGGCACUUCGGAGUAUCAGAGUAGGUGGUUUGUUGAUGACGUUUUGGAUGAGAAUGCAUCCGAUUUGGAAGAGGUUGAUGAAAUGCAAGAUGAAGAAGAUGUUAUACUUGAAGAAGGACACGAGGAUAUGGAUGAAGGAGCUACUGAAUACUCUGAAUCUGAAAUGCAUGUCGAUUUAUCACCAGAGGAGGAACAACGUCAGUUGGAAGAGUAUCGCAAGUCUGCUGCAGAAGAGGAUUUGGAGUUUCCCGAUGAAAUAGAAUUACAUCCAAAUGAGUCGGCUAGAGAAAGACUUAAAGGAUACAGGGGUGUUAAAUCGCUAGCCAAUUGUGAAUGGGAUGUGGAUGAGCAUGAUUUGGAGAAGCCAAGUAUAUGGAACCGUUUACUUCGUGUAGCAAAUUUCAAAGCCACAAGAAACAAGGUUAAUAAAGAGUUUAUCAAAAAUGUUGAAGUACAACCAGGAAACAGAAUCAGAUUGUUUAUCAGAGCUCCCAAAUUCAUUCUCGAGCAAGUCAAUACCACAGUCGAGCCAUUUGUUGUGUAUGGUUUACUCGAACACGAGCAUAAAUUGGCCGUAACAAAUUUCUCAUUCGAAAAUUGGGAAGAUUACGAAACACCAAUUCAAAACAAGGAUACAAUUGUUGUACAAUAUGGACCCCGUCGACAAGUUAUCAACCCAGUAUUCAAUCAAGCGUCAAACAACAGCAACAAUGUACACAAGCAAGAAAAUUUCCAGCAUUCUGGAAUGAUGACUAUAGCCACAGCCAUCGCUCCUGCACUAUUCACCAAUGCUCCAGUACUUUUUUUUAAACCGGGUGACAAUGGAGCAGUUCAAUUUGUUGGUAAAGGCUCUUAUUUGGGAUGUGACCACACCCGUAUUGUUGCUGAACGUAUUGUUUUGACUGGUCAUCCAGUCAAGAUCCAUAAACGUGUAGUCACUGUCCGUUACAUGUUCUUUAACCCAGAGGAUAUCAAUUAUUUCAAAGCAAUUGGUCUUUUUACGAAAUCGGGUCGACUGGGAUUCAUUAAAGAGAGUUUGGGUACCCAUGGUUAUUUCAAGGCAAAUUUCGAUGGCAAGUUGACGUCACAGGACGUGGUUGCUAUGAGUAUGUAUAAGCGAGUAUGGCCACAAUUGUCUAGCAUGUAUACAGAAUAA